AUGUCGCGCGUGCAGCAGCUCAUUCUCCAAGUGCUCCAGUCGCGCGCGACGCGCCGGGCGUCCAAGUCGUACCUAGACAUGUUCGCCCGUGCCGCUGCAAGACCUCCCUCAACGGCGCCGUCCUGCGAGCCGGCGACGGCCGCCGCCGCCCCGCCGCUGUCCGCCCCAUCGCGCUCGAGUCUCGCGACGGACCCGCUAUCGACGGCCGACCGCACAUCGCAUCGCGUGCCAACGCUCGAUCAGACAUACUUUGCCCUGGUCAAGCUGCAGGGCCCGUUUACUGAUCGGCAGCUCGCCUCGAUCGCCGACGGCCUCGUCUACCUUCAGACGCUGGGCCUUUGGCCGCGUCCCCCGCGCUUUGGCGCGGAUGGCGAGCGCGUUGGCGUGGACAUCGAUGAGCUCGCGGCGUGGACGCCGUCCCCUCGUUCGCGCGACGAGCGCGUGGGCCUCGCCGAGGCAGGGCUCCGAGCGCGCAUGGUGCGCGAGCUGUGGCGCGUCACGGAUGCACUCUCGGCAGCUGGCGCACAGCCGCGCCCGCAGGCGCAUGCGGUCGUGCGCGUUGGCACCGCGCACGAGCUCCCAACGGCCGCGCACGAGCCGCGCACGCCUCUUGUCUCUGACGUCUCACUGGCGCACGUCUAUGCGGACUUGCAGGCGGGCCACAUGCCCGUGGUGCUGCCGAUGGCCCUCGCCGAUGGGCCGCACCACGACGCGCCGCCCCGUUGCGUGUGCGUCGACGCGGACGACGUCAUGGUCGCCCUCACGCGCGACAUGGCCGACCCGGCUGUCUUCGAGUUGACGCCCGUGCGCCUGCUUGUCAUCACGCGCGAGGGCGGCGUGCCAUCGCAUGCGCGCGGUGGGCAUCCCCACCUGAUGAUCAACUUGGCGUCGGAGUACGAGUCGAUCCGUUCGUCGUACAUUUGGCACGAUACCCAUCCGACCGCGCUGCGCAACUUGGCCAUGGUGCGCGAUUGCCUAGCGUACAUGCCCAGCGUCGCAUCUGGCGUGCUGGCUACGCACCGCUCGCCACAGACGCUGAUCGGGAACCUGAUCACGAACAAGGCGGCGUACUCACCUAGCCUGCCGCCGCGCCUGCUCGCCGCGCGGCGUGAGAUGCGGCACAUGCCGACCGUGGUGCGCGCGGGCCUCCCGGUGCGUGUGCUUUACGAUUGGCGCGACGUCGAUAUGGGCCGCGUCCAAGCGACGCUCGAGCACAGCUUCCAGCGCCGACUCGACCGGGCGGCGUACGAGGCGCGACUCGCGGCUUCUCUCGACUUUGUCAUUGUGAUGGGCGACUACGAUGGCCUGGCGAUUGUGACGCGCGAGCAUGCACCGGACGAUGCGCCGGGGGCGCCGCCGAUCGCCUACCUGGACAAGUUUGCGGUGCGGCCCCAGCUGCAGGGCAGCGGCGCCGUGGACUUUUUAUGGAACGCUCUGCGCGACGAGGUGCAUGGGCUUGGCCUUCUCGACGCGCUCAACAGCAACGGCGGCAAGGGCGGUGUGGGGCGCGGCCGUGAUCUCGUGUGGAAGAGCCGCGCGACCAACGUGGUGAACCCGUGGUACUUGGAGCGCAGCAGCGGCUUUGUGCGCUUGCCCAGCGGCUGGCUCAUGUUCUGGUGCGAUGCCGAGGACCGGCUCAGGCAGCUGGCUGGCGAGCCCAUCGUCCCGGCCGGCGCACGCCUCGACGAUGUGUGGACGAAUGGGCCGCCGGCGCUGCCGACGCUCCCGGUCAUUGCACCGCAGGAGCAGGGGCGUCUCGAGCGCUGGGCCCGGUGCCUCGCGACGCUCCCGUCGGCGUGGAUGGACCGCUAG